UUAAAGUUAUAUGAAGGAUGGAUAGGAAAUAAUACACUUUGUUGUCAAGGAAGAUUGAUUCUCGGGCCCGAUAGAAAAUUGUUCAUUAUUACACUUGUUUUAAUUUUUCUCCCUGCAAUAGCCUAUGGCCCUGUAAUAAUGCCACACUUUAUUUUGUUCAUUCAUCCUGCUGUUGGGGUUGUGUUGUUAGUUUUACCUUUGAUUGGAUUUAUAUUGAUGAUGGUUGGCCUAUUCUAUACAAGCUUUACGGAUCCAGGCAUUAUUCCAAGAAGAAAAUACUUUGACAAAAACAUUGCAGGUGCAAUCGAAAACAAUUCAAGAAAAAUGGAACCUCCACCCUUCCAAAAAGUUUAUUUAAACAGCAAGGACGUUGUUGAGCUUAAAUACUGUGCUACGUGUGAAAUAUAUCGUCCCCCAAGGGCCUCUCAUUGCAGGAGAUGUGAUAAUUGUGUAGAAAAGUUUGAUCAUCACUGUCCUUGGACUGGCACUUGUAUUGGCAGACGAAACUACAGAUCAUUCAUAUUAUUUAUUUUUAGUACCACUAUCACUUCAUGGUUUGUGAUUUUGGUUUGUGUGGCUCACACAGUUCUAGUUUGGAUAUAUUAUUUUAAUUUGAAUGAUGUGGUUUUGGAUAAGGUUUCGAAUUCAAUAAGAUAUUCAAUUGGAGGAAUUAUUAUUAUGAUUUACAUUUUCCUUUCACAAUUUUUUGUUGGAUCAUUAAGUGUGUUCCAUUCGUUUCUAAUUUCUUCUGGUCAAACAACUUAUGAA